AAUUCUUCUUAAUAUAAUUUGGCUUUGACUGAAAAAGUUUAAGGUAUAAGGAGACUUAAGUUUGUUAUGUUACAGGGACCGUCCACAAGCUGGGGUGAUAAGCUGCUAAAGAAGCGUCCAGGAAAAGGAGGUUCCACAAUUCUUUGGCUUCCCGGCAGUGGCCGACAUGUUAGUGAAGGAUACAGCUCCUACAAACCUUUUACCCACAUUGUCCGGACACUCCAUGUUGACGAUGCAAUUGAUGUUUGCAAUACAUGCAGGAUAGAACCCAAGAAUGUAAUAACUUUCAGCAGUAUUGAUUCUCGGGAGUUGUCUCCGUCACACCCCUGUGCCAACAUUAAGGUUCUUUGGUUUAGUACAAGUUCUGGUGAUCAGGAUGACAAUGCACCAGAUUGGUAUGGCAAUGUUGAGUUUGCUGUGGAUGCUAAAAUUUUGCUUCAACAGUGGAAAUACUUUUACUUAGUAGAGAUGAUGACAACACCAACACACACAACUUCACGUAUUCUGGUGACCAAUUCUGACUACUCUGAUGUAUUGACAGAAUACAACCCAAACUGUGUUGGAGGACCAUGGCAGGUCACUGCAGAUGGCCAGUUUGCACUCAGUAAAUGCUCACGUUUUAAGUUUAAGGGCACUAACAUUCAUGAACAUGUCCUUGAAUUUAUGCUCGAAGUAAGUCGAAGAGAUGAGAAGAAAAUUAUUAAAGAAUGUCAGAUAUCAUUCAAAAACCACGAGGAGGCAAAAGACAUGAAAGUCCGUCAUGUUUGCAAUAGGUACCAACGUGCAGGCUUGCCUUGCCCUACUCCAUUUUCUUGUCUUGUGGCAGCCUUUUAUUUCUUCCUCAAAAUGCAACAAAUUGAUACAUCUUGGAGUAAUGGCAGACCUAAACUUUCCAAAAGUGCACAGCAAUAUCUUCAGUUAUUCCUGGAAGACCAGAAAAAGCAAGUGACUACUAAGUUCACUGCUAUUUCUGUUAGUAAUGGUCAAGUUCAAAUCUCUUCUUAAAAAUAUUUUAGAAGUUAAUUUUGCAAUGACAGGCACUCUAUGCCAAAACAAUAGAGGUAUGUUGAUAGUUUUUGCAUCAUGUAUAUUAUGAUGGAAUAGUUCAAAAAGAUGGUGUAUCACUGUAAAUUAAAUUUAUGUAGGGAAAAAUACAUGCUGCACAUUCUAAAAAUACUAAGCAAUUAAAAGCAAAAUUAAUAAUAUUAUACAAGUAAUGUGUUAGUGUUUAAUGAACAUUAAUUUGUGACUCUUUUUCUAAUAAUGAGAUUGAUGUUUUAAUGGAUUAUUUUCUUGCUUUGAAUUAGUAUGACUUUGCCAAAAGUGUCCUUCACAUUCCUGAUACAGCACAUUCCUGAUACAGUAUUAAUGCACUAAGACUGUUUUUGUACAAUAGUCUUAUGAAUAUAAUCAAAAUAAAAACAAACAAAUAUACAUAACUUUGAAUUACAGAACAGUGGUGAAUUAUUAUUUAUUUACAGAUCAGUUUCAGAAGUUCUCAGAAUAAAUUUGUAAUUUCCUUACAUACUGUACAUAGACUCUAUAUGAUUAUAUAGCUCUGAUAUUUUGUUUGUGGAACUGCAUUCCAAAAAGGAUGGGUGUGACAUUCCUUAUAAUAUCAAAAAACUUCCCCUGUAUAUAAUUCUUCACUCUUACACUAUCCUAUAAGUCAUGCUUAUUAUAUUUUUCUUACAAGCCUACCUUAAGCUAUUCCAUUUAAAUGGACAAGUUGUUAUAUAAUAUUUUUCUUGAUUCACUGUACUACCUUUACCUGGCAAUACUGGUCAUCUCAACCAUCCCAUAUAUAACCAUGCAGUACUUAUUCCGUAUACAGUAAAUAUCUUAAGUUUUAUACCAAUAGUUAAUCUUAAUAGAAUGAAUCAAAUUUGUAUAUUUCUCAUUCCACAUCUCAUUCCUGGACAGAGUUGGAAAAAAGCAUAGUAAGAUAUCCAAUAAUCCUUGAUUUACAUUCUUCAUAUUUCUGUCAUUUGUGGUAUGUCCAAGGAAUCCACCCACCUGUCUUCCUUUAAUUUUUAUCAUUUACAUUUUGUUGAUAUCACAGUCCAAAAUUCACUCACUCAGGUCAUCCAGGAACCACGUUGUUGUACUUAAUAUAAGCUGUGCUCCUGCACUCGCAGUGUAAGCAAAAACACUAGCAGUGUAAACACUAAUUGGACAGUAUUACAAAUAUUGUGAUAAUAAAGUCUUCUACUCCUAAA